CUUUUUCACUUUUUUAAAUUUCAUUCCUGCUAUUCUUUUCCUUUUCUACUUUCCACCUUUUUUUUUGCUCUCGCAUUUUGUACACAAACUGUAAGAUGCGAAUUCACGACUUUUUUGUUUUCCGCGUGAGCACAUCGCGCGGCUCCCUGCACCUAUACUGCUUUGGGGCGCUCGCCAGCAUAACCGCCUACUACCUCAUCUCUGACCACUUGAUCGACAAAAAGCGGCGACAAAUCAUAGCCGAAAGGAAAACGCAAAAGAAAGGCCUUUACGAAUCGCUCAUGAUCGGCGGGCGCUUCGUCAACCCCUUUGAGACAUGGCGCGAUAAGACGCUCUGGGAUUUUGUCCGGUGGAUAGCCACGCGCAGUACCGGUAACGGGCUCCCAAAUGACCGCCAGAUCCUCGAUACAGAGCUGCCCCUGGCCAUUCCGCACUUUGCCCUUCUCAAUGCAUUCCGGCAACACCAGAAUCUGUCUGCGGCCCCACUCCCUGUUGAGUACUCGGACUGCCCUGCGGUCGAUAGUGUUGAUGGGGACAAGUCACUGACGAUGCAGGGGCUGAAUAUCCUGACAGAUCCGAUCUUCAAACGCCGCACGGUAUACUCCUGGCUUGGACCUGAGCGCCUCCGCCCAGUCCCCUGCCAGCUCUCCGACCUCCCACACCCCGAUAUUGUCCUUGUCUCCCACAACACUUCGACCACCUGGACAUCGACGUUGUCCGCGCACUGGCCAAUUCUGUCACCUGGCCUCGCCUCGUGGUUCUCAGGCCUCGGUGUCACAUCCGUGGUUGAAUUGGACUGGUGGGCGGAAGAUACCGUGACUCACUGGAGCGGACGCAAUGGUGCGGACAGCAACAAAUCACUCUGGUCCAGCUUCCUCGUCAAAACCUCAUCGGCCUCUAUAUUCCACUGCGGAGACACCGGAUACUGUCCUGUGUUCGACCAGGUUGGCGCAAAAUACGGCCCAAUGUCACUGGCCAUUUUGCCCAUUGGAAGCUAUGAGCCUAGGUGGUAUAUGUGCCACCAGCAUACGAACCCUGAGGACGCCGUGUUGAUCCAUAGGGAUUUGCGCGCAAAGGCGUCGGUUGGCGUACAUUGGGGCACGUUUAUGAUGAGUGAUGAGCACUAUUUACAGCCACCGAGGGAUUUAGAAAUUGCUGCGAAGAAGUAUGGAUUGGGGCUGGAGGAGUUUAUUGCGCCGCAGUUUGGAAAAACAUAUGUUUAUGAUUUAUAGACUGAAAAUGUGUAUUUUAUUUAAAAUAAUAGAAUGUCGUUUAAUAGAAUGUCA